GACCUGCAGGUGACCCGAGGCUCUGAAGAAGAAGAGUUUCACCAUGAAGGAAGGAGUGGACUACAGAGUGAAGAUACACUUCAAGGUUAACAGGGAUAUUGUGUCUGGGCUGAAGUACGUCCAUCUGACCUACAGGAAAGGAAUCAGAGUGGACAAGGCGGUGUACAUGGUGGGCAGCUACGGGCCGCGGGUGGAGGAGCACGAGUUCAUGACCCCGGUGGAGGAGGCGCCCAAAGGCAUGAUUGUCAGAGGCAGCUACCACAUCAAGUCCCACUUCACCGACGACGACAAGACCGACCACCUCUCCUGGGAGUGGAACCUGGGAAUCAAGAAGGACUGGGAUGAAUAGAGAGGAGCCUCAUUUCUCUCUCCCUCCUUCCAUCUCCCUGUGUCUCCACCUCUCCCUUCCUUCCUUCCUUCCUUCCUUCUCUCUCCCGUCUCCCCCACUUUCAUCCCUCCUUCCUCCAUCAAGAUGGACUGGGAUGGGUAGAGACCUCAUCCUCUCCAUGCUUCCCUCUCCCCUUGUCUCCCCUCUCCCUCCUUCUCUCCCUCUUCAUUUAGAAGGACUGUCUCUCCCUCUUUCUUCCUCCCCCUCCUCUCCCCCUCCCUCCAAGGCCCACCUGUAUAAUAGUAAAAGACAGAGGCCGGUAUGAAAGGUGUAAACAGGAAGUUAGGUUAGGCACGGUCUAGAACGAGACAGAGAGGAUGUUGUCAAAACCAAACCAGUAUACAUCAUAGUAGACAACCGAACAUCGUGGGCUACAAACCAAAAUGGCCCCCUAUUCCCUAUAUAGUGCACUACCCGCAGGGCUCUGGAUAAAAGUAGUGCACUAUGUAGGGAAUAGGGGGCCAUUUUGGGAGGCAGGGGGUAUGAGCUGUAGGUGGAGAUCCACUUGUCUAUGUGUGAUGUAAUCUGAUGUUCUCUGCUACAGUGUGUUAACUGAAGGGGAUCAAAUGAAGUUAAACCCUGGGACUCACUCAUACAGUGACGUUGGAGUAUGGAGAUGUAUUUACACCCCAUAGUGGGAGAGGCACAUUCUAGAAGGUUAUUCUAAAGUGUUCUAUUCGGAAUAUUGCCAGUUCAACAAGGUUUCAAGGAGCAUCCCUUUGUAAUGUUAGUUAUCAGUUAGAAUGUUUGACAACAGCGUGUCUCAUACUCCUCAUACUCCUCAUACUCCUCAUACUCCUCAUACUCCUCAAGAAGUUACCAUCUUCUAAGUCCUACAUCUAGAAUGACCAUCUUCUAAGUUCUAGUUCUAGAAUGACCAUCUUCUAAGUUCUAGAUCUAAAAUGACCAUCUUCUAAGUUAUAGUUCUAGAAUGACCAUCUUCUAAGUCCUACAUCUAGAAU